AUGAUGGACCCCGAUAUACCAGCGCCGUCCAUCGAACAUGACGGCUCCUCGGAUUCCAACGUUAACGCGACAAGAGCACAUUCACUCGCGUCACCCGCGAUCAAAGUGAAUCACCACGACCAGACCCUCGCCCACGCCCACACUCACGGACACCCGUCGCUAUUGCACUCUGCUGCACAGGUGCCUUUGCCACCAUCAUCACCCAUGCGCAGCCCUUAUCACACCCCUGCGCCGCCCACGACCAAAUCUCUCUCACCAAAGCCCCCCUCACGCUCACCUUCUGUCGCAAGUUCUCGGGGAGAAAGGCAGAACACCCCGCCCUUGCGCAGAUCGACGUCCAGCCUGAGCAACGUAAAAGGCAGUACUCCUCAGUACCGGCGAGCCUCUUCCAACCUGAAUCCUCUGUCUCCGGUCAUAAAUGGCAAGAUGGCUGUCACCGACCGGCCACCUGUAACGGCAAAUUCCGUUGCUCAAGAGUAUUUCGGAAAGGAGUUGGAGGCGCAUACAUCUCUGCAAGCGCCAGUGCUUGUCCUCGUUCACGACUCAUGUUAUGGCCAUCGCUUUGCGCGCCCGCGUUCGACCAAGAGUGCCCUGGCUACGAUCGUCGAGCGACCUGAAAGGAUCCAUGCCACCGUAUUGGGCGCAUCGGCGGCCUAUGUGCGGCUAGGAGGGCGCCACGCCGAAGGUGAAUUUGCUCCUCGGCCCAGGCAUGACCCUUCGAACGUGCGAAACAUACCCUUUCAGAUUCGCAAGACGGCUCGCAUCAUCCCCCUCACGCAUCCGUCUGUGGCGUUUGUGCAUGGCUCAAAGUGGAUGGAGGAACUGCAGAUCAUGUGCGACACCGCAGAAGGCAAGUUGGCCCUCAAUGGAAAAGAGUUGGUGAGACCGAUCGGAUACGGCAAGGACGAGAGUGGGCACCCACUUCCCAAACUACACGAGGGAGAUCUCUAUUUGUGUGCAGAAUCUUUGGCGGCCUUCCAAGGAUGUCUGGGUGGUGUUUGCGACGCCGUGGACACAGUCUUCUCGUCUCCGUUGACGAAGCGAGCUUUCGUCUGCAUUCGACCUCCGGGCCAUCACUGCUCGUCCAAUUACCCAUCCGGCUUCUGCUGGCUGAAUAAUGUCCACGUUGGAAUUGCCUAUGCGGCUAUGAACCAUGACCUUACGCAUGCUGCAAUCAUUGAUUUUGAUCUGCACCACGGAGAUGGCUCGCAGAAUAUUGCUUGGGAUCAGAAUCGCAAGGCUCAUAGUGCCGCUAAGAAUGCACCGGCGCACAAGAAGACUCCCAUCGGCUACUACAGUCUCCACGACAUAAACUCAUAUCCCUGCGAAUGGGGUGACGAGGAGAAGAUUCAGAAAGCGAGUUUGUGCAUCGAGAACGCACACGGCCAGUCGGUCUGGAAUGUACACCUUCAGGCUUGGACGACGCAUCAAGAGUUCUGGAAGCUCUACGAAACAAAGUAUGUGAUACUCCUCGAGAAGACAAGAACAUUUCUGCGUCACCAUACAGCAAGAUUACGCGCGGCUGGAAAUCAGCAAGCGAAAGCUGCCAUCUUCAUCUCCGCUGGAUUUGACGCGAGCGAGCACGAGGGCGCGGGCAUGCAGCGACACAGUGUCAAUGUGCCCACCGAGUUUUAUGCACGCUUCACAUCCGACAUUGCCAAGCUCGCUGAAGAAGACAACCUUGGUGUUGAGGGCCGCGUUAUCAGCGUGCUUGAAGGCGGAUACAGUGAUCGCGCCCUGACCUCCGGCGUGCUCAGCCAUAUUUGUGGCCUGGCUAAUGACACUGUUACACCCAAUUCACAGGGUUUCUCGACGGUCGGCGGGAAUACAUAUCAGACGAUCAACAACUGGGUUGAUCAAGUCAACAACACCUCCUCCGAGUUCACCUAUUCUGCAGACUGGUGGACGUUGCAGAACUUAGAAGACCUUGAAGCUGCAGUCGCGGGUCGGCAACCUUCGACCGCCAAAUCCUACAAGGACAAGACCGGUGAUUAUGCGUCUCCGACUCAGGCUUCUACGCUGAAGAUGACUCAUCAUGCUCGUGAGCGGCAAUCUCUUACUGCGCUUCAGGCCAGAAUGUCUCUUGAAGCCAAGUACGAGCCCCCACCGCCAGAUGUCGACUGGGCCGUCGCAGCAUAUGAGUUGUCCCGAGUCAUAAUCCCAAGCAAUCGACAGACUUUAAGUUGUACGCACGAAGAGCUCAAUGCAGAAGCCACCAAAGCUCGACGAGAACGGCAAUCAGCCGUUGGCGUGCCGGCGCCAUCAGACGAGCCAAUGCAAUUACGCGUUCGGAAAGCUAAGGUGCAGCCGCCUGGCCUUCCUGCUGUGCGCGCAGCCUCUCGAAAUGCUAGUCGUCGGACGACUAUAGCAGCAGUUAGUGACCUGCCUGAUCCGACAAUGAAGCAGCCAGAGGUACCUUACGGUAGAAUGCGCCGUCGAUCCAGCGAUGCUUCGAGUAUCUUGUCAAGCUUUCAAGGCAUGAAGUUGUCGGAUGAAAAGGCGGGAGAUAACGAGGUUGUGUCGAGGCCGCGAACCGCUCAAGUACCCUCCAGGCCACCCUCUGUGGUUCCAGAGCAAGCCGGAAAACCGGCUCCAGUAAGAAAGCCCAGAGUGCCAGCUGCCACGAAGGUGCCUUCAAAGCCAAAAGCUAGUCCACGCAAAGCGAAAGCUACUGUCCCGCCUGUACCGACGAUACCUUCCACCAAUCCUACUGAAGCGAAGGUUGGAAAUGGCAUCAAACGAGAGUCGUCUCUGUCGUCUCAGGACGUGACCAAGCCAACGGCGAAACCAGACGGUGUGGAUGGCUUGACGAAUGGCAUGAAGAAGAUAAGCAUCAAGCUGAAGGUGCCAACCGCAGAAGAGCAUGACGCCAAACUGCAACAGACAGUGCUUGAUGUCCAGCAGAAGAAGCCCCGAGCACCCAGGAAGCCUGCAGUUCCUAAAUCCACAAGGGUAUCCGAGAAGGCACCAGUAGCGGCUGCUGCCUCGCUCUCUGGGAACCCGGUGCCAAUCCAGCCAAACCCCGUGCAGCCAGAAGUUCAGCAGUUUCCUGAGGUUCUGACAGCUCCGGCAGCACCUUCUGUCAUCACUGAGAAGUUGGCUUCAUCUGCCGGCCGAACAUCCACAGAUGGGACUACAGAACUGGUGUCGGAGAAUCCAGAGCUGGACGUCCUGCCACCAUCUACUGCCGUUCAGGUUGCAGCACCAGUAGCAGACUCGCAGGUCUCAAUCGCCCAUGAGCUGCCCGUAGGUUCACUCAUGGCAGACCCUGAACUUCCUUCCUUGAAUGCUCUUGCUGGCGUCCCUUAUGCUCCCAUCCCAGAUGCGGUUGCCACUUUUGUGAAUCCGACCACCAAUACGGCGACUCGGAAUCCUUUGCAUAAGGGAACGGAUGCAGAAUCUGCGCUGUCCGCGGCACCAAACCCUUUUGGAGCAACAUCCCCAGUACAAAGAACAAAGCAAGAUCUACCGCUCUUCACUUCGAACUCACCCAUUCCAUUUGCGACACCCACGAAGAACACGAACAAUGAAACUAAUAUGGAUUCUAUCAAGUACGAACCCGCUGACGACAACACCAAGCGGUUUGCCGGAAUCUAG